AUGAAUAUGACAGUUAAGCUAAUCAGAAAAUCAAAGAAAUAGUAUAUACACUCUCUUAAACAUGAUAAUGAAAGUAAUAAGGAAUAAUGUGGACUUUAAUUGUUAUCUGAUGAUGCAUUUUAAUCAAAAUAAAAUGUUGAAAACUUAGUAUACGAUAACGACUCAUCCCCUUAGAGUAGUUCAUUCAAUAAUUGUACCAUUAUAAGCCAUAUUUAGCAGUUGGUGAUAUAACUGAAAAUUUUGAAAGCGUUUAUUCGCAUAAAUUGAUGAAUAAAAAUCAUUAACAGAUAACCAAAGCCUCCAAUGACUCAAAAAACAAAUUAAUACGCUAUACUGUUAAAAGAGAGAAGGAUAUGAAACGAAAAAAAUAAAAGAAUAGAGGAAAAUAAUUUUCAUAAGAAGAAGAUUAAAGAUUAUUGAACUACAUAUUGAAGAAGGGACCAAAGUUUCACAAGUUUGCUCGAUAUUUUCCAGGAAAAUCAACAAAUAUGUUAAAAAAUAGAUAUUAUAAAUCACUAAGAUUUGUAUGGGAUCAAGUACUUGGAAGGUAUGUCAAUCCUUUAUCUUUUUUUAGUUAAUAUUCAUACAUGAAUGCCCCAUCUGAAGAAAUCACACCAAUCAUAGAACAAGAAUCCCCUAUAUUCAUGUUUGAUGAAUUGAUUUAACUGAGAUUGUUUCCAGAAGCUGAAGACUUAAUGUCCAAUUUUAUUGGAAAUCUAUCCUAAACAUUUAAUGAUCUUCACAGCAGUUUUCCUUCAGAGGAUAAUUGA